AUGAAGAGUUUUUUCCUAGUUGUGAAUAUCGUUGCUUUAGCCGUGCCAUUUUUGGGCGCAGAGGUGCAAAACCAGGAACAACCAACUUGCCGCAAGAAUGAUGAAAGCCUGUUCAAUCAGAAAAUUGCCAAGUAUAUCCCAUUUCAUUAUGUGCUGAAUAACUAUCCUCGCUACGAGCCUACUUACUACCCACACAUACCAGUUGUACCAAUUAAUCAUCAAUAUGUGCCUUAUCCAUUUUAUGCAAAACCAGUUGCAGUUAGGCCUCAUGCCCAAAUUCCUCAAUGGCAAGUACUGCCAAAUGCCUUCCCCCCCACCGUGGUACGUCCCCCACACCUACAUCCAUCACUUAAUACCAUUACCCCAAAGAAGAUUCAGGCUAAGACAGGCAUCCCUACCAUCAAUACUAUUGCUUCUGUGGAGCCUACAUUUAUUCCUACCACUGAACCAACAGUGAACACUGUAGUCACUUCAGAUGCUUCCUCAGAAUUCACCAUCACAAGCACACCUGAGACUACCACAAUUCCAGUUACCUCACCUACGGUCUAAAAACUCUGAGGAAACA